CCACUCACGUGCUGCUCGAUCGCGGCCUUGAUAUUUUUCCCUCCCUCCUUUAACUCCGCUCCACACCUCCAUAACCCUUCUCUCUCUCUCACUCUCUCUCCUCGCAUUCUCAUCGUCGUCUUUGCUCUUUUUCUUUCUUCCUCUUUUUGUUUUUUGUCUGCCGGCGGAAGUCGAGGAAGGAACUUUUCCAGUUUCGCUUAUUCCGUCUCUUCGCUCCUCCCGUGAAAUACCGUUAGAAAUCUUCCAACAAGUUGAAGCAGAGUGAAGAAAAUUCGGACGUGAAGUAAUUUUCGUAUCCUGUAGUUUUUGCUCUACGCGGCGUCAAGAUCUCCCCAGAAAAAUGAACAAUUGUGUUGGACAUACCUUACCUCAGCAAGCUCUGUUUCGGCCUUCUGUUGUAGAACGCCAUAAUACAGCUUGCCAACGUUCUUCUGGAAACAUUUUGUGCACUGUUCCAUCAGCAUCAAAGGCAGAAGAUGUGCCAUCUCAUAAACCUUUCCGUUCAAGUAGAUUCCUUGGGAAGACUCCCUAUGUAGGAAAAGGAAACCCAUUAAAGCAAAAUUUAAGAACAGUUGCCAUGAGCCCUCAAGCUUUAUUGGCAGCAGAUCCUGCUUCAGAGCUUGCUAGAAAAUUCAAGCUGAACACCAAUUCUGAAUUGGAGGUUUCUAUUUGUAGGCCCACAUCUGAGUCUCCUAUACAAAUUGAUUUUCAAGUAGCCUAUGAUAUUGGUUCAUUGGUGCUUCAUUGGGGCGUAAUUCGCCAAACAAGAAGAAUUGGCAGAGAAUGGUCUCUUCCUUCUCAUUAUCCUGAAGGAACAAAAUUAUACAAAAAUCGAGCUCUCAGGACUCCUUUUACUAAAGUUGGCUCGAUUUCUUCACUGAGAUUAAAGAUUGAUGACCCUGAAAUAGAAAUAGUUGAGUUUCUUAUACUUGAUGAGGCAGAAAACAAAUGGUACAAACAUAAUGGCAGGAAUUUUCAAGUUCAUUUGUUGAAACAAGGCAAUCAAAAUCCACAUGUUUCUGUCUCUGGAAAUCCAAAUAUCAUUGUACCCGAAGACCUGGUGCAGAUUCAAGCUUAUCUUAGGUGGGAAAGAAAGGGUAGGCAGGCAUAUACACCUGAUAAAGAAAAGGAGGAGUAUGAAGCAGCUAGAAUGGAGCUGCUACAAGAAAUAAGUAGAGGUAUGUCUAUAGAGGAGCUUCGAUCCAAGUUGACAAAGAAAACAGAAGUCAAACCUGCAAGUAGAGAAGAGAAAACCCACAGAGUAGAAAGUCACGAAGGUGGGAUCUCAGAUGAUCUUGUGCAAGUACAAGCAUUCAUCCGAUGGGAGAAAGCUGGGAAACCAAACUACCCUCCAGAGAAGCAACUUAUGGAGUUUGAGGAAGCAAGGAAAGAACUGCAGCUUGAGUUAGAUAAAGGUACUUCUCUGGCUGAACUAGGGGAAAAGAUCAUGAAGGGGAGUAUAUCAACUAACGUUUUGAAGCAACUGAAGGAUAAAAAGUAUUUCAGCAUCGAAAGAAUUCAGCGGAAGGAAAGAGACAUCAUGGAAAUUUUGAAUAAAAAUGUUGCAGAAACUUUAGACGAAAAAAUUUCUCAAAUAGCACCUCCUCUGACAGUGCUAGAACUCUUGGCUAAGUCUAUACAUGAGCAGGAUGGUGAAUCAGUUCUGAAUCAGAAAAUCUAUAAGCUGGAUAAUAAGGAUCUUCUGGUACUAGUAACCAAACCUUUUGGAAGGACAAAAGUUUAUUUCACUACAGAUCAAAGUGAACCACUUAUUCUUCACUGGGGAUUAUCAAGGAAAUCAGGAGAGUGGAUGGUACCCCCUACAAGUUCUAUUCCUCCAGGUUCACUAUUGCUAGAAAAGUCAUGUGAAACCCCUUUUACUAAGGGUUUAAUGAUAGAUCAGGAUUAUCAGGCCAUUCAAAUAGAGAUUGAUGGGGGUGAUUAUGCUGGAAUUCCCUUCGUUCUUCGUUCCGAUGAUAAUAAAUGGAUAAACAAUAGUGGUUUGGACUUUUACAUUGAGUUGGGCAAUGGAAGUAUCAAGAGCAGGAAGGCUCCUGGUGAUGGAAGCGGUGUUGCAAAAUCAUCGCUUGACAAGAUUGCUGACCUGGAGACUGAGGCUCAAAGAUCUCUUAUGCACAGGUUUAAUAUUGCUGCAGAUCUCACUGAGCAAGCUAGAGGCUCUGGCCAGCUUGGGCUUGCUGGCAUUCUUGUUUGGCUGAGAUUCAUGGCAAUGAGACAUCUCAUUUGGAAUAAAAACUACAAUGUCAAGCCACGUGAGAUUAGUAAAGCUCAGGACAGGCUCACAGAUCUUCUUCAGGACAUUUAUAAAGACUCCCCCCAGUAUAGAGAGAUCUUGAGGAUGAUCAUGGCUACUGUUGGUAGGGGCGGUGAAGGUGAUGUUGGUCAGCGUAUCCGAGACGAAAUAUUAGUUAUACAGAGAAACAAUGACUGCAAGGGAGGAAUGAUGGAGGAAUGGCAUCAGAAGCUACAUAACAACACUAGCCCAGAUGAUGUUGUGAUAUGCCAGGCGCUUAUUGAUUAUAUCAAAAGUGAUUUUGACAUCAGUGUGUACUGGGACACUUUAAAUAAAAAUGGAAUAACCAAGGAACGUUUGUUGAGCUAUGAUCGUGCUAUUCAUUCUGAACCAAGUUUCAGGAGGGAUCAGAAAGAGGGUCUUUUGCGUGAUCUAGGAAACUACAUGAGGACGUUGAAGGCAGUUCACUCUGGUGCAGAUCUUGAGUCUGCCAUUGCUACGUGUAUGGGUUACAAGUCUGAGGGUCAAGGCUUUAUGGUUGGUGUUCAAAUAAACCCAAUAAGGGGAUUGCCAUCUGGAAUUUCUGGUCUAAUGGAAUUCAUUCUAAAACAUGUUGAAGAUAAAAGCGUGGAGCCUUUGAUAGAGGGGUUGCUGGAGGCACGAGUGGAACUUAGACCAUUGCUUCUUAGCUCUCAUGAGCGGCUGAAGGAUCUUAUUUUUUUGGAUAUCGCCCUUGAUUCUACUGUCAGGACAGUUGUUGAGAGAGGAUAUGAGGAAUUGAGUAAUGCGGAACCAGAGAAACUUAUUUACCUCAUUACACUGCUUCUUGAGAAUCUUGCACUGUCUACGGAUGAUAAUGAGGACCUCAUAUAUUGUUUGAAGGUAACUAUCUAAUUUAAAGCCC